AUGCCUAAAAUUGAAAAUACAACAGGAAUGCCAAUUAAUUUGAUUAUAGAUGAAUUGAAAAGUGAUGAUAUCAGAAAAAGAAUUCAUUCAGUCAAACACUUAGAUUUGAUUGCCAGUACAAUAGGUCCAGAGAGAACAAAGAAUGAAUUAAUCCCUUUCAUCUAAGAAUUGCUUGACGACGACGAUGAAGUCUUGAUUGAAUUAGUUGAAUCACUAUCUAAGAAUUUUAUUGAGCUUGUUGGUGGAUAAGUAUAAGUGUUGCUCCCCACUUUCGAAACAUUAUGUCGAGUUGAAGACGCUUCGGUAAGGGAAAAAGCUGCUAAUCAAUUGAAGAAAUGCUUUGCUACGUUGCCUGAUUAAAAGAAGGUAGAGGAAUUAUCAAUGGGGAUUAUAAAAAGAUUGAAUGAUAGCGAUUAUUAUUUGGCCAAGAAUGCAGUUGCAAUACUGGUGCCAGCAGUUAUUAACUAAGUGUCCUAGAACAACUAGAAUGAUCUGAUUAACAUAAUACUUAAAAUUUCCUAAGAUCAAAUACCUCAAGUUAGAAAAUUUUCGUCAAUGUAUUUUUAAGAUUUAUAAAUGAGACCUUCAUUUAAAACACCCUAAAUUCGUUCAUUAAAGAUGAAUAGGAUUUUAUUAGAAUGUAUAUACAGAACCGCAUUUUUCUAAAAACAAUAAACCUUUGUUCUUAAUAUGUAUAAAUAAUUGGCAGAAGAUCAAUCAUGGAGAGUGAGAUAUUAUUUUUGUGACAAAUUGGCUGAUAUAGGAGAUUCUGUUGGGAAGGAAGGUUAUCGAAAGAACUUUUAGAAUUACCAUCUUAAGUUUUUGUAAGACAAUGAGCCGGAGAUGAAGUCUAUAGCAGCACUGAAAAUAGAAAGAGUAAGUUCUUUGAUGGAUGCAGAUGAUAUUUUGAAUAAAUUAAUUCCACUUUUGAAAUCAAUUCAAUAGGAUUCAAACUCAUUUGUCAGAAAUUCCUUAGCUGCCUCUGUCUUAUCAUUGUCACCAAUUAUCGGUAAGAAAAAUACAAGCGAAUAAAUUUUACCAAUCUUCUUAACCUUACUAAAAGAUCAAGAUUCGGAAGUCAGAAUCACUUUAUUCAAAAAAUUAAGUCUAAUCACAAAUGUGUUAGGUGUUGACUCUUUAUCAUAAAGUGUCAUUCCAGCUCUGACGGAAUUAGCCUAAGAUAAGAAUUGGAGAAUCAGGGCAUCUACAAUCGAGGUUCUAAGCUUCUUUGCCAGAGCCAUAGGUCCAGAAUUCUUAUCAGAUAAAGUUCUAAAAUUGCUCUUAGAUUGGCUUGGUGAUAAAGUGUAUUCUGUUAGAUAAACAGCAAUUUAAUAAACUGCUUAAUUGAUCUAGAUUCUUGGUAUUGCAUGGGCUGAUAGAAAUUUGUUAACUAAAAUCUGGGGAUUUUAAUCUAUACAAAAUUAUCUUUAAAGACUCACAGUGCUAUUUACAAUAACUCAAAUAGCAUCUUCAUUGAACAAUGAUUACAUAUUGAAAACAAUUCUUCCUCUUUUAUAAUCAAUGUCAAAGGAUUAGGUUGCCAAUGUCAGAAGCAAUGUUUGCAAGACAUGCAUCUUAUUAGCUAAGGAGAAAGGGGGAAAUGUCGUAGAGCCAUUGAAAAAAGUGUUAUAGUCUCUUUGUGAUGAUUAAGAUGCAGAGGUUAAAUACUAAGCAAAAAGUGCAUUAGAAUCAUUAUGA